AUGUUCAGAAACGCUCUGCGGCAAUCCAGCCGCUCUGUUGCGGCCGCCUCGGCCACUGGCCGUGUCGCUGUUCGCGCGGCUGUCCCCGGCCCCAUCGCCGGUGCCUCCAAGCAGGUCCGUUCCUACGCUGCUGAGGCCAAGGCCCAGCCCACUGAGGUCUCCUCCAUCCUGGAGCAGCGCAUCCGUGGUGUCCAGGAGGAGGCUGGUCUCGCUGAGACCGGUCGUGUCCUGUCCGUCGGUGAUGGUAUCGCCCGUGUUCACGGUAUGACCAAUGUCCAGGCUGAGGAGCUGGUCGAGUUCGCCUCCGGUGUUAAGGGUAUGUGCAUGAACCUCGAGGCCGGCCAGGUCGGUGUUGUCCUGUUCGGUUCCGACCGUCUCGUCAAGGAGGGUGAGACCGUCAAGCGUACCGGCGAGAUUGUUGAUGUCCCCGCUGGUCCUGAGCUGCUCGGCCGUGUCGUCGACGCUCUCGGUAACCCCAUUGAUGGCAAGGGACCCAUCAACGCCACUGAGAAGCGCCGUGCCCAGCUCAAGGCCCCCGGUAUCCUGCCCCGUCAGUCCGUCAACCAGCCCGUGCAGACUGGUAUGAAGUGUGUCGACUCCAUGGUGCCCAUUGGCCGUGGUCAGCGUGAGUUGAUCAUUGGUGACCGUCAGACCGGUAAGACUGCCGUCGCUCUCGACACCAUGCUCAACCAGAAGCGUUGGAACAGCUCCGGCGACGAGGCCAACAAGCUGUACUGUAUCUACGUUGCCGUCGGUCAGAAGCGUUCCACCGUCGCUCAGCUCGUCAAGACCCUUGAGGAGAACGACGCCAUGAAGUACUCCGUUGUCGUCGCUGCCACCGCCUCCGAGGCCGCCCCCCUGCAGUACAUUGCUCCCUUCACUGGCUGCGCCAUCGGUGAGUGGUUCCGUGACAACGGCCGCCACGCCGUUAUCAUCUACGACGAUCUGUCCAAGCAGGCCGUUGCCUACCGUCAGAUGUCCCUGCUUCUGCGUCGUCCCCCCGGACGUGAGGCCUACCCCGGUGACGUUUUCUACCUGCACUCCCGUCUGCUCGAGCGUGCCGCCAAGAUGAACAACAAGACCCACGGUGGUGGUUCCCCUGACUGCCCUUCCCAUCAUUGA